AGGGAUCACAGGCCUCCCAUAGAACUACAGCUCCCAGGAGGCCUUGCCACAGUUCCGUGGAAAAGCGCCCCAAAGUCACGCGGAGGGUGUAGUUUCUCCAGAACCGCUGCAGGCCUAGGUAGCUAAGCCAGGACGCCGUUACCUUAGUUCUCCUUCCUCAUCCCCACCGCCCUCUCUAAUUGGUGAACUAGGAGGUUUCCAGGGUAACAGAGCAGCCGGGCUAAUCAGGGUGGGCAAAGCGCAACCCGGAAGUGACGCUCUUACCUCGCGCCGGGGGUGCAAGCCUUCGAAAAUGGCGGCGCGCAAGCCUGGGCGGCGCACGUGGGAAACUGAGGAACCCAUGGAGGCCGAGUCCCGUGAUAUAGGGUCUGAGGGUGUCGCCCAGGUCUACCUGCCCGGCCGGGGACCUCCACUGCGCGAAGGAGAGGAACUGGUCAUGGACGAGGAGGCCUACGUGCUGUACCACCGAGCUCAGACUGGCGCUCCGUGUCUCAGCUUUGACAUAGUCCGGGAUCACCUGGGAGACAAUCGGACAGAGCUUCCUCUUACACUUUACCUGUGUGCUGGGACCCAGGCGGAGAGCGCCCAGAGCAACAGAUUAAUGAUGCUUCGGAUGCACAAUCUUCAUGGGACAAAGCCCCCACCAUCAGAGGGCAGCGAUGAAGAGGAGGAGGAGGAUGAAGAGGAUGAAGAGGAUCGGAAGCCUCAGCUGGAGCUGGCCAUGGUGCCCCACUACGGUGGCAUCAACCGAGUUCGGAUGUCGUGGCUGGGUGAGGAGCCCGUGGCAGGGGUAUGGUCAGAGAAGGGCCAGGUGGAGAUAUAUGCACUGCGGCGGCUUCUGCAGGUGGUGGAUGACCCCCAGGCCCUGGUGACCUUCCUCCGGGAUGAGCAGGCCCGCAUGAAGCCCAUCUUCACCUUCGCUGGCCACAUGGGCGAGGGCUUUGCUCUUGACUGGUCUCCCCGCGUGCCUGGGCGCCUGCUGACCGGUGACUGUCAGAAGAACAUCCACCUCUGGACACCUACGGAUGGUGGCUCCUGGCACGUGGACCAACGGCCAUUUGUGGGCCACACAUGCUCCGUGGAAGAUCUGCAGUGGUCCCCAACCGAGGACACAGUAUUCGCCUCCUGCUCAGCUGAUGCCUCCAUUCGCAUCUGGGACAUCCGGGCAGCCCCCAGCAAGGCCUGCAUGCUCACCACUGCCACUGCCCAUGAUGGGGAUGUCAACGUCAUCAGCUGGAGCCGCCAGGAGCCCUUCCUGCUCAGUGGCGGGGAUGAUGGGGCCCUCAAGGUCUGGGACCUGCGGCAGUUCAAGUCUGGCUCCCCAGUGGCCACCUUCAAGCAGCACGUGGCCCCCGUGACCUCCGUUGAGUGGCACCCCCAGGACAGUGGGGUCUUUGCAGCCUCGGGUGCAGACAACCAGAUCACACAGUGGGACCUGGCAGUGGAGCGGGACCCCGAGGCAGGUGACGCGGAGACCGACCCCGGGCUGGCGGACCUCCCCCAGCAGCUGUUGUUCGUGCACCAGGGUGAGACAGACCUGAAGGAGCUUCACUGGCACCCUCAGUGCCCCGGGGUCCUGGUCAGCACUGCUCUGUCUGGCUUCACCGUCUUCCGCACCAUUAGUGUCUGAGACGGCCCAGCAACAUCUGGUCUGGCCUUGUUCUUGGCUAUGAAGUUGAAGCAGGUUGUCCUGAAGGGACUCAUUCAGAUCUCAACAGAUCUGAACACCACCAGUCAGUCCCCCUCCAGAGGAAGGACUUCGUUUGGCCCGAUGGCCGCCAUGAUGGAUUCUGUUUGACUUACUGUUCUUUGAAAGGACUAGGUUUGGUCCAGUGACCCCUCUCACCAAAGGAUAUAAUUGACCCAUGACUCUAAAACAACUUGGUUUGGUAUAAUGACACCUCCAACCGAAGAACAUGGUUUGACCCAUGAUUCCCUAAAGCCACUGGCUUUGACUCCAGUGACCCUCCCACCCAGAGACUUGGUUCAGCCCAGUGACCUUCCCCCCUACCAGUGAGGACUCUGUUGGCCCAUUUCCCACAUGGGCCUGGUGUGGCCCAUGGUGCUGUGGAUAUUUUGUCAGCUGUGGCACUUGGCUUGCCCCUUUAUUCCCUCUGCCCCAGGACCCAGUUUUGGCCCUUGGUCUCUUUCAGGGAACUCAAGUACUUCACAUGGCUAGACCGAAAUUGAGGGGUGGGUUCCUCCAGCAGAAGUAGGUUUUGCCCCUUGUCUUCCUGCCAACCAAGUUUGGCCAAGACUUCCCAGUGGGGGGCAGCAUGGACCUUCUCCCCUCCUUCCUGUGCUCAAGGUAGGCACUGUGGGGGGUGGGAAGUCGGGGGCUCCUGAGAGGCAGUAAAAGACCAGGAUAGGCCUGA